AUGUUCCACCCAAAUUAUCUUGGCCCACAAGACUGCCUUGUCCGAACGUCAACCUCAAUGGAGGCUUGGCAAGGUCCGCCUCAGGAUGCCUGCAGCACACAUGUAGAUGGAACACUAGACUUUCGUUCAUACAUCUCUUCGACCAACGAUAGUAGAAGUUGGGCAUACGCUUUGCCGUUACCCAGCAUCGAUUCACCACAAUGGGACCCUUCUCAAAGGGAAAUGCUAGCGCCGCUGCAUCUCCAUAACAGGAGACUUGAAGAAUAUGGACACGACUUCUCGAGGCCACGUGUUUUAUCUAUGCCCGAAUACGAAACACCCAUCCAUCACGAUGGCUAUGGACAAACGGAAAGACGUCCGCAGAUCAUUACAGGCCUCGGGAGGCAUAGGUCUGACCCACGGCUAAACUCGGAGGCGAUUUUCGACCAGCCGGCAAGCAGAUACUACAAAACAUCCCCAGAUGUCAAUGUCGACAAUGUCUCGCAGAUGUCAGACUUGUCCCCAUGCCCGCUGAUGGAGUAUGAGUCAAAUACCGGUCGCGGUGCCGUGAACUUGUACCCAAGACCAUCGCCGACUCGUCAUCGACACCGAUCUCACUCAGUGGCAGAGGAUCCCAGAUCCCCGCCUCGAGAUCGUAAAUAUCUUUUUGUCAACCGAACCGUCAAGGAUGGGAAGUUGAUUUCAAGGGGAGUGCAAGCUUCGGGCUCCUGGAAGACAAUAGACCGGCGGAAAAAGGCAGCACGUGACGAUGAAAGACGAGUUGCCAAGGCUACGACAGAGGCGAUCUCGAGUUUGAGAGACCACUUGGGAAGGAUGCUUGGAAUGGGACUGUCAUUUUCGGAUUUGAUGGAAGAAUUAGGUCGAGAAGCUCAGAAGACUCAGAUAUCUUCAUAG